CGCGCUCUCCACAGCGCAAAAUGCCGCCCGCCACCGCCUUUUUGCUGUUGUUCCAUCCCGUCGAAGAAAGCGAACAAUAAUCCCACCGUGUAGUGCCGCCGUGAAUCCGUGAUCAACUUGCACCGAACUAUCCCCUCGCUUCCCGCGCCACGGCCAGUGAAUCGCGCGCAAAGUGCCCGGAAUCGCGCCAGAAGUUACCACGAAGGCGGGAGUUGGACGCGCAAUUAUUAGCGCGAUAAAUCGCAAGAGUGUGUGAGUGGGGCUGGUGCCGUGCGUGCGUGUAUGCGCGGUCGUUGUUGCAACAAAAGCCGGGCUCGUUCGCUGGAAGUUGGACAGUUUUCCUCUCGAGACAUCGGUCAUUAAACCUACAAAGCAGCUAGCGCCAGUCGGAUGGGGUUGAGGCUCUUCCAGCAGAAACUUCCCAGUAGCAACAGCAGCACCAGCAGCGGGGGGACACCUCCUCUGGCCCCAACGAAACACCGAAAAUCAGCCUCCGCCGAAAGCACCGUGUAGUGAAGGUCGUCCUCCGGUUUUCCAUCCUACUGCCGCUUUUUGGGAAGGAAACCAGAACAGCAUCCAGGAGCGGGUCGGAGUUUGUUAUUUUUCACGGUGAAGAGCGAGUGCCGUAGUGGACGGGGGUGUGUUUGAUUGUAAACCGUGCGUUAGGUGGCGCCCCUCGCGUGGACACAAACUCCCUAAGCGAACGUGUAUUUCGCGUGACAAGCACGUUACUGUUCACGAACUAGGAAGUAGAUAAGUCCUGUGUGUAGAUUAAACAAAGACAUUAAGUUAAGGAAAGUGAACUUUCCCCACUCGCCGGGGAAAACGGACAAAAAAACUCGAUCACCGUUGCAAUUACAUCAUCGGUCUGACUAGUAGCAAAUUGCAAUUGCACCUUCAAUUGUCUAUAAUUCGCCGGCGUGCAGCAAAGCGAGCACCAGCCAUAGCAGCUUCACGAUGACGACCACCGCCGAGGAAGGGGCCAAUUCGUCGAUCGCGCUGCGUGAAACGCACCGGAAAAUCUGCCGGGCACUUAACAUCGAUGCAAACACCGAGGAUCGUUCCUGGGAGUCGUUCGAACAGACCCGUGCCCAGUAUGACCUUACGGGCGAUCCAUUACAUUGGAUGUGCUGCUCGUUGUACGUCGCUGGGCUGCAGGAAAUCCGUCCAACCGUCGGCAAUCCGGAUCGCUACUUCCAGGGCAACGGUGUCCAUAUCACGAACCUGCUAAAGCAGUGCGGAAUCAACAUUCAGGAGUUUUUCAUUAAAAUCAACGAUUGGUCAUCGAUCACAUCGUUGCCGGCUCGGCUCAAGUCGCAAAUCGACAACCUGCAGCACGAGUUCACGGUGGCGAUCGGUGCGUAUACCGCGUUCAACGAGGACUUUCCGCGCAUCUUCAACGAUACGGCGCUUACACCGGAGGAACCGAAGCGCAACAAGAAGGCCAAACCGAACCCCUGCUCGUACAAUCGGUUGCGCGAGUUCAGCUGGGUGUUGUUUCUGUGCGUAAAGGAGCAACACCAGGAGCAGCGACGCGAUCGUACCACCGUCAUGAACCUGGCGGUCUGCGUGAUGGAUCUCAUCUACCGGAAUGUGGUGGCGGAAGAACGGCUGGAACUGCUGAAUCCCAACAUGCUGAUCCCGGUCAGUGGCGCGGAUGCUGUUGCUGGUGGGUCCACAGCCGACGGUGGAACGGCCGCUCUGCUCGAGGCUAGUCGACAGAACAACAUUAUUGCGAUGUUGUGCAGCGAGUAUCCGACGUGUAGCGACAGUGUCGCCGAAACGAAUCGGACCAUCUUUUUGCCAACGCUUGGCAGUAUGUUUGGUACGAAAGAUUUGCGCGGUACCCGCAAAUCAUCCGCCACAGGUGAUGGUGACGAGGAGGAACAAUUUCUGAAUCUGCUGACGGUUGGUAACUUCGAUGAGAACCUCAAAUCGCUGAACCGCCGCUACGAGCGGUACAUUCUGCAGCGCGGUAUGCUGGAUGAACGGAUUGCCUUGAACACGCGUAUGACCAACUCGAACCUGCGGCAGCGCUGGUGUGUAACGAACCAUCCGAGAACACCGUUGAGCGUAAAGUCGCUCGCCGGUCGCACCAUGCCGAUGCCGGCCGGUAUAAACGAGUACCCGGCCAGUGGUUCGAAUGCGCUCGUCCUGCGCGGUACGCUCAAUCAGCUAAUGAAGAAAAUUCAGGGCCACAAGCCGGGUCAACCGCGUGAUUCGUUCUUGAAUCUGCUGAAAUCUUGCGCCCCGAAUCCGCUCGCUAUGGUGUUGGAACGCGUGGUUCGUAUGAGGGCUCGCUUCGUUGGACGGCUCACGCAGGAGGGUUGGAAUGCGCGGAAUGCUGAGGCACGCUUCGAUAAUAUCGAGGCACUGUACUAUCAGCUGGUGGAGAACAUCAUUCCGUGGGAGCGGCGCAAACGGACGAACCUGACACCGUCGAAGGUGAUCUACGAAAUGUGUGCGAACGAUCUGUUCAACGAGACGGCCAUCGUGUGCGCGGCUGAGAUCAUUAUUCGUCUGCGCCAGGAACAGAACAGCUUCCCGUGGAUCCUGGGCGUGUUUGAAAUGCAGCCGCUCGAUUUCUAUCGCAUCAUCGAGGUGACGGUGGUGGCGAAUAGCGAGAUCCUGACGACGGAUAUCGUGAACCAUCUGCGUAGGGUCGAAGAGCAGGUGAUUGAUUCGCUCUGCUGGACACGUUCCUCGGUGCUGUGGGAGAAGAUGGAGAAAGAGAACUAUCAAAUCCCGCAAAAUAAGGACGUCGAACAGAGUGCCCAGAUUGCCGGUGUCACUCCGCUGAAGGGCGAUUGGAUACCGAACACACCGAACAGUGCCAUUCGGGAUGGUUCUUCAGCUACGGCCGGUCCAUCCGAUAGCGGACCAUCUGGCUCUGCGGCUACCGGUCGACAGGUUCCGCAUCCUGAGUCGGCAAAGAAAAAGCUUUUCUUCGAUGCUCCGGCAACUCCCACCAAACCAUCGGCCGGAGGUACUGCCAUGUCCACCUCGUCUUCAGCGUCUGUGGCACCAGAAUCGGCCACGAAGGCACCAGAACGAACUUCAGCGGCUUCAUCUUCUCUGUCUUCGCCGUUUAAAACCGUUGCAUUGGAUGGACAACAAACUGCUGACGGAGGUAAUUGUGCAAAUGGUGGAAGCGAUUCCACUGCUCCGGGACAAUCGAUGGAGUGCUCACCAGUACGAGGACCAAACGGAGCGGCAGGAUCGCAUAGUAGCCGAUUAUUGAAUUUCUUUUUCCGUAAAGUUUAUGUAGUUGCCUAUGCUCGGCUGAAGGACCUUUGUCAGAGCCUUGGAUUGGAUUCCACCAUCAUACAGACGCUUAUCUGGACGAUCUUUGAGUACGCGAUCACUCACAACGCGAAGGAACUGAUGCGUGAUCGGCACCUCGACCAGCUGCUGAUGUGCUCGAUCUUCGUGACAAUUCGUAUCAAAAAGCUACAGAAUACGUUCAAGGAUAUCAUGUCGUGCUAUCAAAAGCAACCGCAAUCUUCUAGCUCCAUCUACCGGAGUGUGUUUAUACGUGACAAACCGGCAUCACCGGAAUCGGCACAGCCGGCAGCAAGCGGAGAUGCAUCGAAUGGCGCACAGGGUGAUGGCAAUGGAAGCGAGGAGCAACAGCAGCAACAGCAACAACAGCAAGAGCGUGUUCCUAUCUCGGCGAUGGCUGGCACGUCGGUUGAGUAUAAUCGGCAGGAGUUUGGUGAUAUCAUCAAAUUCUACAACGAUAUCUACGUGAAGAUAGUGCACCCGUUCGCCAUCAAGUAUUACAAUGCCGACAUGCAAUCGCUCUUCCUCUCGCCAACACCUCGGGCUCAGCCGCGCAAUAUACACAAAUCACCCCGACAAAUCAGAGCCAACAUCAAUUUGUACGUGUCGACCACGGACAAGACCAACACGCUACUGGAUUCGCCGAACGCACACACCUACACCUUUCAUCAGAGUCCCGCGAAGGAUUUGGAGCUGCUUAACCAAAGAGUUCGAGGUUCCGCGGAUACGUGUGUGCGCCGUUUGACCGAACCAAGUGCCUUCAGUGAUCAUCCGGUGCCGAAGGUGCGCCGGUUAAGCAAGAUCCAUCAGGAUCGUCAACAGCACGAUAAGGAUUAGACCGAGGACAGUGCCACGUUCCUUGCUGUUCUUCCGCAAUUUCAACAACGGCAUCAUCGGGAGCAGGACUGACGAUUCGUAUUUGUGAUUUUUCAGACCACAUCAUGCACUGUUUAUGGACUCAAUAGGGACGGCAAUAGGUUUUCUUUCUUGCAAAAUAUUCUAUUAUGUACAGUGCACACCGGCUCCGGCUACGGAGCUCAGCCUAAUUUCGUCGCGGAGGGACUAGGGUGUCAAUUUGUAGUGUAUAAGUUUUAACAUUCUUCUUUUUAUACUUUUCUUUUACUUUCUUCCAAAAACGUAUGAAGCGGGGAACGACUAGGGGUUUACGUAUUGUAUAUACAAGCAAUAUCAAGAUGCUUUUGUUUUGUUUAACAAAAACAAACUUCUAACCCCGGUUAAAUUAAUGGUUUUUCGCGACUCCGAGGUUUAAGCACCGGUUAGAGGAUUGCAGUGGUGGGGACUUUUAAUGAUUGUCAUUUUUUUAACUCAUUACCUUAACAUUAUCUUUUAAUUUACAUCCGAGUACUCUUUCUUUUUUUCCUCCGUUUCCCAUGUUGAACUCAUCUCGCAGCAAACUCCCCAUCCGUUACCAGCGACAAGUUUUGGUGGAUCUCAAUCUGGUCGGUGUCUUCAUACUAUCCUUUCCAAACCAAGGACACAUAAAGGGUCACAAGAUCUCGUUGGCUAAUUUGAUCAUUAUAUUGCGCGCGUGUGUGUGAGAGUAGGAAUGAUGUGUGUUUGUUUAUGUGUGUAUGAUAUGGGAUUAAUUGUUUAUUUAAAAAAGUAAAUUGUCUCCUCGGCGAUCACGCGUUUUUGCGUGAUCCGUAUGUUGAGUUCACGUUGUACGAUUAAAGUGUUUUUGUAUGUUGAAAGUGCACGUUGUGUGCAUUGGAAAAGCAAUAAGUGUUGUUCCCGAUGUGACAUCGCUCUGCUCGAUCUAGUAAAUUCUUAGUAAUAUACCUUCAUCGGUCAAUGCAUUUAAGGCAAAAGGAAAUCAUGAAUCAUCUUAGCGUGUUUGAGUAUGUGUGUGUGUGUACUAGAGUCUAGAAAUUAUUUAUUUAAAAAAUCAUCUAUAUUAUAUUUGGAUCUAUACACUCACUCUCACCAUUUAUAUAACGGUGAUGAUUCGCGCUAGUUAGCUGGACGAUUCCAGAUAAUGAUCGAGAAACAUCCGUUCUUUUUGUAGUAGUAAGGUUCUCUUCUCUUUUUGUGAGAUGCUUACCUUCGGUUUCUACAGGAUUUCGUGAGAUUCCAAUGCUGGUCAGUUCAGCAAGGAAGAAAGAAUCGAUGAAAAUGGAACCGAAGAGUGUAGUAUCCUGUCGUUAAUCACCCGCCAUCCAUAGUGAGGCUUCUUGAAUGUCUCGCUGCCUGGCGUACAUUCUACCACAACACAACCUAACUGUUUGGCAAGGUUUUGAAUGUUUCAAAAUUUGUUUCCUAUAAAAAAAACAGACAAUUCUUGGAGUAGCGAGAUGAGAACAACAAGUUAUGGGAUGAUGGAGCAAGAGAAAAUUCUGUUGGGAGCUGAGGGCUCAAGAAAGCAUUAGUUUUUCUCUUUUCAUCAGUUACCAAAUGAACCAACAUUGCGCCCCCCACACGACGACUCUUUUCAUGAACAAUAUUUCCCAAAAACAAACUAUCAUUACCUAAGCCGGCCCAGCACAGGAACGGGAACCUAACGUUUCAGUCAUGAUCUCAUCGCUGGGUUUCAUUUGUACGUGCGCGUAUCCUCCUCGUUUUCUCUAUGCGAAACAAGCCACUAGAGCUGUGUAGAGGGUUUACCUUCAUCAGUUUGUUGUUUCUUCUGUCUUCAUCCCCUUGUGCAAUAACCGAACGCACUGUUGAUUUCGUUUUAGUUUCUCUAUCGCUUAAGAAAUAUCUUCUUGUACUUUUAACUGUUUGCGGUAGCAACCAUCCGCUCAGUAUAUUUGUGAACCUGGGAGCCGGGCUUUGGGAUAUUAUCAUUUCUUUGUGCAGUUAGUAGUUGUAUGCCUCUUUUGUUUAUCUAUAAUAGAUAUGGAAUCAGACAUCUUGCCGCCACUCCCUCCGCGUAACGACGAAAGGUUAGCGUUAAGAUAGAGUCAUGCAAUCAGACAACUCACUAACGUAAAGCAACCCACCACUUCUUUGUUGCUGCAGAGGCCAACGAUCAACUCAUUCUUGUUUAGAGUCGAGUGAUCAAUUGGUCCUGUUCUCUAUGCCUUAACACAGGUAUCAUCAUUAUUGUCAUCGUCAAGUGCUUCGUGGUGUUUUAGUUACAUUUUCAUUUUAUGCUCGCAUUUAGAAGAAGUUCACUUUAAUUUGUUUAUCGCGUUCAUACUAAUCGCUAACAUGCGCUAAAUGUGAUUUAAAACGUUUUUUUUCUCUUUAUUUUAAAUGUAUGACUACUCAGCCACCAGCUGUCAGUAGCUCUGGUUGUAGUCUGACUUUUAAUAGUUGUUCACAUUUGCAGUUGGGUUUUUUAUCUUCGCUUCAUCCUUUUUUUCUUCGUUCGGACUUAAAGGAAGGAAUUGCCUUAGUCAUUUAACAUGUACUAGUUGUUAAACACUUACUGAACCUACGAUUCCUUCAAUCCCACAAUAAAUAUGAUAUAUAGAGAGC